AUGGAUCCUUCUUUUCAAGCUUACUUUGAGUUCUUGAAAAAUCAAUCUUCUACUACUCUUGAAAAUUCUUCAAAUCCACAAACCUCAAAGUAUCAACCACCUUCAAACCAAGUCUCACAACAAUCACCUUCAAACCAAGUCUCACAACAACCAUCUUCAUACCAAGUCUCACAACAACCACCUUCAAACCAAGUCUCACAACAACCACCUUCAUACCAAGUCUCACAACAACCACCUUCAAACCAAGUCUCACAACAACCACCUCCACAAUAUGUAGUGUAUCAACAACAACCAUUCAUUUACCAACCACAUGCUGGAGAUGGUUCCCAAAAUCCAACUCAUUUUGUGCAUCCAUCACCACCACCACCACCAAACUCCUAUAGCCCUCAAAUUAGUAGCAGUAGUGAAAAAGUACCUGAAACACAAUUUGAAGGUAUGGUUGAUGAGCUUGAUGAGACUACUUUCCCUGCUAAAGGAGAUGGCCAGAAAACCAAAAAACAACGCUUGAAAUGGUGCGAAAAUGACGAUAUAAUUCUUCUCCAGACAUGGCUCAACAUUUCAAAGGAUUCGGUAACAGGAACUGAUCAAAAGGCUGAAACCUUUUGGCGGAGGAUUGAACAUCAAUACAACAAGUACCGCAAAGUAGGUUCUCCUGAGAGGCAAUGGUCUCAACUGAAGUCUCGCUUUCAUACAUUGAGUAAAGCGGUCUCAACUUUUGUCGGUUGCUACAAGAAAGUUACCAACCCUCCGAAGAGCGGCUACUCUGAGAGAGAUAUCAUGGCUGAUGCAUGUUCAUUGUAUAAUGCAAUGGAAAAGACUAAAACAUUCAAUUUUGAGCAUGCAUGGCGGGUGUUGAAAGAUGAACCCAAGUGGAAAGGAGAAGCAAUGCCAAUCUAUUCUCAGCAGUCACAACAUUCUACUGAUGGGGUGCACACAUCAAUCGAUGGUUCAGAACAUGAGGUAGUACAAAUAUUUUCCCGUCCACCGGGUCAGAAAGAUAUGAAGGCAAAGGCAAAGACAAAGGCUACAACGACUUCCAACAAUGAACAAAAGAUGGCAGAGGCGGAAUCUCUUGUCAAGGAAAAAGAGGAAAGGAUGGAAAGACUUGAGCGUUUAAAGAAGAAUGACCAUCUGAAGAUGUUAAAUGAUAUCCUUCUCCAAGACACAUCUAACAUGAAUGAGGAACAAUUAGCAGAUUUUAAGAACAUAUGUGUGUACACUAGGCGCCAAUUAGAGGACUUGUUUAAGGAAUAA